AUGAAGUUGACAUUGAUUUAUACGAAGUUGACUUGGACAAAACUAGACAAACUCUUGUGUUCUUUUGCUUCCUUUGUCAGAAAUGGAUAAAACAAUUGCAAUUUUAGAAAAGAUGACUUCUUGAAAGCGCAGAGAUGAUGGUAUCCAAGGCUUUUACGUUCCUUUGCUGUGUGGUUCUCAUCAAUCUUUCCAAUGCACAAGAUCAAACAGGAUUCAUUAGCAUAGAUUGCGGGCUACAACCGGAUAAUUCGAGUUACACCGAGUCUUCAACGGGUAUAGACUAUGUUUCGGACUCGAGUUACACGGACACAGGAACCAACAGCUUCGUGGCGCCCGAGUAUAGAGCAAACAUGAUGCAGAGCAUGUGGUCCGUUAGAAGUUUUCCAGAGGGAAGCAGAAACUGUUACACGAUUGGUGUUAACAUCACCGCCAAGUAUUUGAUCCGAGCAGCUUUUAUGUACGGGAACUAUGAUACAAGGAACGAGUUACCUGGGUUUGAUCUUCACUUGGGUCCAAACAAAUGGGACAGUGUUAAACUGGAGUCUUCCGAGCAAACAGUGUCCAAAGAGAUCAUAUACUCUGUCUUGACGGACACGUUACAAGUGUGUUUGGUGAAUACAGGGAACGGUACACCUUUUAUAUCGGUUUUGGAACUUAGACAGUUGCCAGACUCAUCUUACGCAACCAAGUCUGAAUCACUCCAGCUCUUUCAACGGUUGGAUUUCGGGUCGUCGACCAAUCUAACGGUCAGGUAUCCAGAUGAUGUUUUUGAUAGAAAAUGGUUUCCAUCUACACCAAACGGGUCUAAGCAGUUAAGUGAGCUGUCGACUUCUCCACCAUCACGCAACAGUAGCGGUAAGUUCCAACUUCCACAAGCUGUAAUGAGAACAGCAGUUAUACCGGAAACCACGGGUGGGUCUGUAGACUUUGGAUGGACUCCAGAUGAUCCUUCUCUUGAGUUUUACUUCUACUUGUACUUCACUGAACUUCAAGAACCGAGUUCCGGUUCUGUAGCAAGAAGGGAGUUCAUCAUUUCGUUGAACGGAAACAGUUUUGGGAGACCGUUUAGUCUUGACUACUUGGAGACCUUAGUCCUGUCCAUUUCAAAUCCUUUGUCAGAACAAAGCUUCCAGUUCUCUAUUAGUCAGACUCGAGAUUCAACUCUUCCACCUCUUAUCAACGCUAUGGAGGCUUACUUUGUAAACAAGCUUCCACAAUCUUCAACAGAUCAAAACGACCUUUCUGCUAUGAGGAAUAUAAAGUCUGCAUACAAAGUCAAGAGAAACUGGGAAGGAGACACGUGUGUGCCUCAAGCUUACACAUGGGAAGGUGUGAAUUGUACCUACAGUGGCACAAGCAUGCCUAGAGUAAUAUCUUUAAACUUAUCAUCAGCCGGAUUAACAGGAGAUAUAGCAUCUGACAUAUCACUUCUUACACGGUUGCAAGUCCUGGACUUGUCCAACAACAAUUUGACUGGACCGGUACCAGAUUUCUUGGCUCAACUUCAGUUCCUGAGAGUUCUAAACUUGGCAAACAACCAGCUUAGUGGGCCUAUACCGUCUAUUCUCAUGAGAAAAAGCGGCUUGUCGAUCAGUAUCGAAGGGAAUCCAAGUAUCUGUGCUGCAGGUGCCUGUGAGGAGCUCUCACAAACCAAAUCAAAAAAGAAGAAGCUUCCCGGUUUUGUGAUUCCUUUAGUUGCAUCACUUGCAGGGCUCAUUCUCAUUGCUACUAUCUCUGCAGCUAUACUGUUUAUCUUCAUUAGAAAGAAAAAACAAGGUCGAACAGUUAACAGGACAAUCACGGCUUCUAGUAAUGGACCGUCAUUACUUAGAAGAGAUACUGGUUCAAUGCCUCGAUCAAUGCAGCGAAGAGAAACCGGUUUCACUACACGUCCAUCUCUACAGAGAAUAGAGAGUGGAAUGACUGACGAUGAAGUGAAUGAAACAGCAGUGGAUAGCUUUGAUAUGGAACCGGCAAACAGAAAGUUUACAUAUGCAGAGAUUGUGAAUAUCACAAACGGGUUCGAGAGAGAUCAAGGGAAAGUAGGGUUUGGGAGAAACUACCUCGGACAGUUAAAUGGUAAAGAAGUGACUGUCAAGGUUGUGUCUUCAUUGUCUUCUCAAGGCUACAAACAAUUAAGAGCAGAGGUCAAACACCUUUUCAGAAUUCAUCACAAGAACCUUAUAACCAUGCUUGGUUAUUGCAAUGAAGGCGAUAAACUGGCGGUUAUCUACGAGUACAUGGCUAAUGGAAACUUGAAACAACACAUCUCAGAGAGCAGUCCAACUGUGUUUAGCUGGGAAGAUAGACUUGGAAUUGCGGUAGAUGUUGCACAAGGACUUGAGUAUUUGCAUACAGGCUGCACGCCACCGAUCAUUCACAGAAACGUCAAGUGCACAAAUGUAUUCUUAGAUGAAAACUUCAACGCCAAGUUAGGUGGUUUUGGCCUCUCGAGAGCGUUUGAUGCAGCAGAAGGAAGCCAUAUGAAUACAGCCAUAGCCGGGACACCUGGAUAUGUCGACCCUGAGUAUUACACAUCAAACAUCUUGACAGAGAAGAGUGAUGUGUACAGUUUCGGUGUUGUUCUAUUAGAGAUCGUUACUGCCAAACCCGCGAUCAUAAAAGAUGAGGAAAGGAUGCAUAUAAGUCAAUGGGUUGAGUCUUUGCUUCAUCGAGAAAACAUUGAAGAGAUUCUUGACCCUAGCCUUUGUGGAGACUAUGAUUUAACCUCUGCGUUUAAGACCGUUGAGAUCGCUGUGGCUUGCGUUUGUAGAAACUCGGGAGACAGACCUGGAAUGAGUCGAGUAGUGACUGCUCUUAAGGAGAGUUUGGCUGCAGAAGUUGAGAGGAAAAAGGAUCUGCCUGUUGUGUCAACAGACUCAGUUGAAGAUCUUGCACUUGGCUUUGGUUCUAAUCCACCUCCUCGUUUGCGAUGAUUAUUUACUGAUUUUGGUAUUUUAAUGUUUGGUCUCUGUAAAAAAAUAUUUGUAAUAUAUAUUUGCUUUUUGUGAGUUGGAGUAACAAAAAUGAAAAUGGUUGUUCAUAGAGGUUUUGAUCUUAGA